AUGAGCGCGCAGAGAGUGGCGGUGUUGCAGCGACAGCUGCAGGCCACCAUCCCGGCCGGCGAGGCCAGUAGCAGCGCCCUGCAGCCCCAGCCCACCUCAGCCAUCGCGCUCAGGCAGCUGCCCCGCUUCGACGUCACCCUGAUGGAGCACUUUCUGGACAACCAGCUGGCGCUCAAGGCGGAGGUGUAUGAGCUCUUUCGCCAGCACCCAGAGCUGCUGGUGGCCGAGGAGGAGGGCAUGACCAAAGAGGAGCACCGCGAGCUGGUGCGCAAGUGCCUGCGCGUCAUCCUGGCCGCCGGCUUCUCCCCCAUGUCCUUCUUUGCCCGCGACCACGCCAAGUACUUCAACCUAGCGGAGCUGCUCUCUCUGGUGGACCUCAGCCUGACCGUGAAGCUGGGCGUGCAGUACAGCCUGUGGGGCGGCAGCGUGAUCAACCUGGGCACCGAGCGCCACCGCCGCAAGUACUUUGAUGACAUCGACCGCUUCAGGCUGCCGGGCUGCUUUGCCAUGACUGAGCUCAAGCACGGCAGCAACGUGGCGGGGCUGCAGACGGAGGCCAUCCUGGAUGUGCACACAGACGAGUGGAUCGUCAACACGCCCGACGACGGCGCCAUCAAGUGGUGGAUCGGCAACGCCGCCGAGGACGGCAAGAUGGCCACCGUGCCCUCCCCCGACGGCUCAGGCGCCCUGGACGACCACGGCGUGCACGCCUUCAUCGUGCCGCUGCGCGACGACGGCGGCGCGCUGUGGCCAGGGGUGGAGAUUCACGACUGCGGGUACAAGGUGGGCCUCAACGGCAUCGACAACGGAGCCAUCCGCUUCACCAGCGUGCGGGUGCCGCGCGAGAACCUGCUCGACCGCUUCGCCACAGUGGACCGCAGCGGGCGGUACAGCAGCCCCAUGACCUCCGCCACCAAGCGCUUUGCGGCCACGCUGGGAGAGCUGACGGGGGGCCGCGUGGGCCUCACCUGCGCCUCUGUGGGGGUGCUGAAGGGCGCGCUGACGAUCGCCGUGAGGUACAGCGCGCAGCGGCAGCAGUUUGGGCCGCCCGACGCGCCCGAGGUGGCGGUUCUGGACUACCCCAGCCAGCAGAUGAAGCUGAUGCCCAUGCUGGCCACCUGCUACGCUCUCUACUUUGCCAAGAACAAGCUCGUGGAGAAGUACUGCGAGAUGAAGAGGACCAAGGACGAGGUGCUGGUGGCUGAUGUGCACACCCUGUCGGCGGGGCUCAAGGCCUACACCACCUCAUACACCAACACGGCCAUCGGCAUCUGCCGGGAGUGCUGCGGCGGGCACGGGUAUGCGGCGCGCCCCGCCGCCUCCUCCCUCUGCACUUCUUCUGCAGACAUCUUCCAGACGUUUGAGGGCGACAACACGGUGCUGCUGCAGCAGGUGGCCGCCCUGCUGCUCAAGGAGUAUCGCGACUCGUUCCGCGGCUCCCCGCUGGCCGCCACCUGGAGCUACCUCAAGGUCUGGGCCCAGGACAGCCUGCCGGCCAACCCGCUGGUCACGCACGAGACGGACGUGUCCCACCUGCGCGACCCGGCCUUCCUGGUGCGCGCGCUGCGCUACCGCUCCGCGCGGCUGCUGCACACGCUGGCGGCACGCCUGCGCAAGCACAGCCGGCGCGUGGGCGAGUUCACCGCCUGGAACAAGUGCCUUCUGCACGUGCUGGCGCUGUCCCGGGCACACAUUGAGAGCGUGAUGCUUGUGGAGAUGCUGGCGGCGGUGAACGCGUGCGUGGACCCAGACUGCCGCCGCAGCCUCAAGGCCCUGGCCGACCUGUUUGCCCUGGACCGCAUCUACACCGACAUCACCUUCCGCAACGACGACUACAUCGCGCCGGAGAAGGCCAAGGCCAUCUACCGCCUGAUCGAGGCGCUGUGCGGCGAGGUGCGGGGCGUGGCGGUGCCGCUGGUGGACGCAUUUGCCAUCCCAGACCACAUCCUGCGCUCGCCCAUCGGCCUCAGCACCACCAGCGUGGAUCCUUACAGCGAGUAUUUAGCGGCAGCCGGCUUCGACUCCUGA